AUGCGUUCGCGCUUGCUGGCGCCAGAUUUCGGCCUGACCAAGGCCGCCGAGCUGAAUGUCCCAUACUGGUCCUCGCCAGAGCUCCUCGACGGCGCGGCCCCCGGCAAGCCGGCCGACAUUUGGGCGCUGGCGUGCACGGCCAUGGAGUUCACCACCGGGGCACCGCCGUGGGCCGAGCUGCAGCCGGCCACAGCGGCCGCGCGCCUGGCCACCAGCCUGCCGACGCCGCCGGGGCACGCGUCGGCCGAGCUGGUGGCCUUCCUGGCCCGGUGCUUUGUGCACGACCCGGCUGGCCGGUGUACGGUGGAUGCGCUGCUCGAGGACGAGUGGGUCAGCGCCGUGUCGCCGGUCAUCGUGGAAGAGGCGGCCGCAGGGGCGGCGCUCCCCCGGCAGCCGGCAGCCCGGCCGUCCAAGUCGGACGGGCCGCCCUCGGUGGUCACCUCCGCCGGGCUGGUCCCCUCGGGCGGGGGCCCGGCCGGCCCGGUGUCCGGGGGCGCCCCGGUCGAGCGCAUGAUGAUCCGAGUGGUCAUGCAGCUGGGCGAGGGCGAGUCCGCCAAGACCAUCUACGUCCAGCGGCAAAUCACCGCGCGUGCCCUGGUGUCGGUCAUCCUGAACAAGCUGAGCGCCUACUACAACCCCGAGGACUACUGCAUCGCCGAGUACCACACCACCAAGGAGAAGCAGAUCUUCCUCGACCACGAAUACCCGGCACAAUACUACGACUCGGACCAGACGCUCGACUUCCAGCUGCGCAUCGAGCCGCGCCCGGCCGACAUGAUCUGCGGGACCCUGCGCCGGCGGCGGGGCCGGCUCAUGUCGCGCCACUGGCAGACGCAGUACUGCGUGCUGGACACGCACGAGCGAUACCUUGCUUUCUAUCAGCGCGCCCCUCGCCCGGGGGAGGAGGCCCUCGAGCCGGCCACCGACGUCAUCUGGGACCUGACGCACAUUGACUCGGUGGUGAUCAGCUCGCGCGACGCGACCCGCUUCGCCAUCGAGUGCGCCGGGCAGGUGCACCACAUGGCAGCCAACUCCAUAGACGACGCCCUGCGCUGGACCAAUGCCCUGCGCCACGCCAGCGGUGGGCGCGCGGCCGAGCCGGUGCUCGAGCUCCGGUGGCGCCCGCGGGACUCCUUUUGCCAUCCUGUCGUCGGGACCAUCGCCCGGCCGCAGGACCUGGCCCUGGAGGUGACGUACGCCCAGCAGGUGGUCCGCGUGACGACGCGCCGGCGCCGGCGCCCCCGGCCGCCGGGGGCCGCCUCCGCCAGUGGCCCCCGGGCUGGGCGUUCCGCCGGGGGGGAAUCGCAAUCGGAGCCGGCGCCGGCACCGGAGCCGGAGCCCCAGUCGGCGCCCGGGCCCGAGGACGAGGUGGUGGAGGUUCGGGAGGAGGUCCGCCUGCACCCGGUGUCCUGCCGAGUCCUCGGGGUGGUCAAUGCGGUGGGUCGCUUCCGGAGCAUGGCCGAUUUCCAGAUGGUCCCGGACCCGCAUGACUACAUGACGCACCUGCGUGCACAAAUCAAUGCCACAUCCGCCACGGACAUCGUGCAGAUCGACCUGCUGUCGGACCUGGCGCCGCACUCGCUCAACAGCCAUGUCACGGAGCCGCUGCCGCCGCCGCAGUUUUCCCGGUCGGACUUGCCGAACCCGUAUGGCUUCGCGCAGAAUCCCUCCGUGGCGUCGGCCAUCGCCCAGACGGUGUCCGCCUCGCGGCCGACCAGCGAGUUUGGCGCCGGCCCGGCGGACUUCAUUGACGACCUGUCAGCCGAGGUGGACCAGGAUGGCCGCACGGCGGCCGGGAGCCUGGAACGCGCGGCGGCCUUCCGGGCCGUGACCGACAUGGCCCGGUCGGUGUUGGGGGAGGCCGGCGCGGCGGACACCGCGCGUGGUCUCGGCAUCGGCGGGUCCGAGCCGGGGUCGCGCAAGCGCCCGCAUCCUGAUGCGGCGUCCGCCUCGGGGUCCGACCCCCGGGAGGCGUCCCUGGCGAAGGAGGUGCGUCGGGGCCGGGCCGGGCCGCUUACGCGGUGGCGUUUCAUGUCCCACACUCCCAUCCUCAUGUCGACCCUGGCCAAUGCCUGCCGCGGGCCGCUCUACGGCGGCGGGCUGUCGAUCAUCCUGCCGGAGCAGAUGGUCGACGCGUCGCACUUCCGCCCGGUCCCCGACAACCAGGAGGUCUUCCUCUCGCCGCCGCUGCAUGUGAGCGGCCUGCCGGAGAACCCCUGCCAGGAGGGCCUCCCCGGGUCGCUGAUUGUGGAGCUCCUGGAAAUGUCGGACCUGUCCUCGAUCCAGGCCCUGCAGGAGUCCGGGCAAUUUGCCGAGGUCUUUGCCUCGCUGCAGUCGCGGCCCUCCUCGCAGUCGCGCACCGCGGCCAUCGUCAACUUCUGCGACCUGGCCCAGCAUGUCGGGUGCAGCUCGGUGCAGCUGCGCGGCGAGGUUGACUGCAGCCUCGGCCGGGCAGACCUCGACAGCCUGCUGUCCAGCGCGCCGGUCAACCUGCUGCCGGUGCUGCACAAUUCCCAGAUCGAGGGGCAUAUCAUCGGGGGGACGCACUUUGUUGCGCCGGACGAGCGCCGCGGUGGGCCCGAGGCCUUCUCCGUCACUCUGGCCGCCGUGCGCGUGGCCGCCCUCGGGACCGAUAUCAUCUUCAUCUGGAGCCGGCCCCUGGCCUGCCCCAACGACCUGACCGAGGAGAUCAUUUGCGACGACCUGAAGUUCAUGCGGACCACGGUCAACUCGUUGAUGAUCCACGACUGGGACAUGUUCUUCCCGGAUGGGCCGCCGACCGUGGAUGCUGCCAGCGCUGGCGCUGGCACCAGCUCCCCCUAGGGAAGGGGACCAGGCGCCUCCCCCUCCUCCCCGCCCUGCGGCUGGCCUUCUGCUCCUCCCUCGUCUUCCUCCCUCCCUCUCCCUGCCCUUGCCCCCCUAGCGCGUGCCUCCUGCUUCUCCCGGCGCACGCUGCGCAGGCGGGCGACCGAGGACGGGCAGCCGUCCGCGCGCGGCUCGCACAAUAUACCAUCUGCCCCUUUCUCC